CGUACCCGCACGCCCACUCUCAAACACUCUCGCUUGCACCUCAACAGCCAGGCGGCAGACACAACCUCGACCUAAUAUACGUAUCUCUGAUUUCAAAUGCUCUAGUUUGGAUCUGCCAUGAUCACACGCGGCCUCGCUUGCUAUACCGUGCAGCGCGCUUCCACAGAAUUCUGUCAUGGGCGAGGGCGAAAACGCGGCACCUAACGGUACCGCAGUACUUACAGACGAGGCUCUUGCGUGCUGUUGCGGACGAGCAGAUUGCGUGUUCCUUGCUCACUCAUGCAAAGUGCUCGAUGCUGUCCAACGCGAUGCCAGAAAAGCUGGUGAACUGGGCCAGGCGUUGCUUUCGCGUCAUGAAAGUUAUGUCGCUGAUGCCGAACGCGACAGGACACGCAUGUUAGAGUGUAUCGCUCACCUAGAGAAGGAGAAGCUUGAGCUCGAGACGAGGAAUCGGGAUGCAAUUGAGGAGAAUAAAAAGCUGCUCGAACAGCUAGAGGCUCUGAACACGGCAGUCAUCGAGUCGGACGCGAAAAUUUUGUCACUCACGGAUGCGCUGCGCUCUGCCGACCAGAAUGUUGAGCACCUGACGAGCUUGGCUGCUCGGACAGCACGACUGCAGGAUCAGCUGCAGAGAUUUGAGCAGGAGCAGGAGAGACUGCAGGAGAUGUUGAAGGUUACCAAGGAAGACGAGCGAACGGCUAUAUUACGGGCACAGAAGGCGGAGCGAACGAUCAAUGAUCUGCAAGACCAGCUUGAUAGGAUUGAGCGGGAAGCGAGAGAAGAAAGAGAACGCCACAGCGAAAUUAUCGCUCGUAUGGAGCGCAGAAGAGCCGUAGAGCUGGAGCUCCAGAACGCAGCCGGACGCCUGAAAGGUGCAGCAGCAGCAAAGACGAUGCCUGGAGGGGGAACAAAUACUGUGGUCUCAAGUUUUGUGAAGGACAUCCUGCAGGACAAUGCAAACCUGCAGAUGGGUAUCGUGGAGCUUAAAGAGAUGCUGGAUCGGUCCAAUGAGGAAGUUGAGCGACUACGGCAUCUCAUGGCGACAGGAGAUGGGCCAGAGUCUCCUGUGCAACGAUCUUCAACUCCGAAUUUGGGAGCUGAGCUGAGUGCGAAGGAGCUGCAUGUACAUCACCACUACCAUGCGCCGCCUCAGAAAGUCGAAACUCCAAAGCAGAUUCGACGGGAGUUUCCACGGAGAACGAAGAAGAAGCGGGUUAGUCUCUCGUCCGGCUCUUUCCUGCCACCGAGCCAUACACCCAGAAGCUCCGUCUCAUCGGUUCAUUCACCCACGGCGUCAGCUAUCAUAUCGCAUACUUCGGCAAGUUUGCCCCAGCAAGCUCGUGUCGCCCCGAAGCGAUGGUCUAUACAGUCUAAUCAGACCGGUUAUUCGAACUUCUCAUCCCUGCCGAGCUCGCCAUAUGGUGACUCCGUAUUUGAUCGCGUGUUCAGCGAUGCAGCAACGGAUGCUUCCCGUCCGACGAGUCCAGAGAGUGAAGUGCUCAGUCCAAGAGACGUCAGCAACGAAUUCAAACAUGUGAGGCAAGAUUUUGUGCAGAAAUUUAGUCUUGAUGAAAGCAUGCGCACCGUCUCCGAUGGAGCUGUACCCAUUGGUCGGCAACUUUCCAGUUCCACAAAAGGGAAAGGAAAAAUCGAGUCCCCACAACUGGACUAUGAUACCUGGCAGAACAACAGCCAACACUCCGUCAUCCUUGAAGAAGACGAGUACGAGGACAGUUCACACACCGAGCGGCCAACAACACCUUCAGAUAAGCCGCGACAACAACAUGAAAAGACUGCAGCACAAGAAGUGUCACCGCCACGGGACAUACCCAAGCUGCGUAGAGCGGCUUCACAUGAAAGCAUCAUCUCCGUGCAUGGUGCUGAUAUACACACCCUACAAUCUCGUCCGAGCCAGUUGCUGAUAGGACAGCGACGUAUGUUCUCGGCUGGUUCCCCGUCUACGAGCCAAGCGGUUGUCAGCGAUACAAGUGCGGUUGCAUUGUCUACAUCGAGAUCACCUUCUUCCGGGGACAGCCGCUCGUAUUUGUCCUCCCUUGCGGCAAGCCAGCGUAGCAGACCUACUCCCCCACUAUCAAAGAAAUCGAGUAUGGGGCAGCUUGGCCAGUGGGUCAUGGGACGUUGGGGAUAUAGCGCUGUGCCGCCGCAACCACCGCCGCCGCCUCCUUCUCAACCUAUAGAGUCCCAUGCAUCAGCGGAGACAGCAUCUAUCUCGUCUACAGGCUCCAGCGUAAAGUCUAAAGCAGGUACUGCUUCUUCCGGUCCGAAAGUCAUCUUGAGGGCGCCAGGGAUCAAUCAGAAAGGCCCCAUUUUCGGUUUUGGACCUGAGCCGCAGUUAUCAAAACAGGUGGUCACGACCGUGAUUGAUGAGGAGGCAUUGAGAGAGAGUCUUGGUACCGGUUGAUAUUAAUGCCAAUUUUUUUGCACAGUUAUACUUGGUGUGUAUGGAGAGCGUGGGCUUGUUUAUUGAUAGAGGUUUGAUUUCUAAAUACUCUCAGGAAGCACUACUACGGCGUUUCGCUGGCUAAGAUGAGAAAGAGUGAGAUACCCCAGAACUGACAAGAUCGCAUUUUUGUCUGCUCUCCUAUGUAAUGCACAAUGGAUAUAUCUUGAUUUGUCUAGCAAGACGGAAAUCUUUCUCCAUAAUGAUAAGGCUCUAUGUCUGUUGGAGGAGUAGAGCAUUUUGACAA